AUGUGUGUGUCUGCAAGUAAUAUGUACAAGUGGGUGACGAAGACCCACAACCCAGUCAGAACUCCGGAAGAAGAAAUACCACCGGAUGUGCCAGUCCAGAAACCUAUAUUAGGUUUGUAUUUAGUUGGAUGGGGCAUAGCUCUUAUCGUUUGUGGAAUAUCUGGUGCAGUUAAUUUAAAAGACUAUGCGGGCUAUUCGCAAUGUUUUCUCAGUACGGCGCCAGCUUUGAGUGCUUUGUUCGUCCCCGGCGGGAUUUUAUUGAUAUUUUUAUUAAUAUUGUUCUUGUUAAUACGUUGUACGAUAAGAAAUAUGAACGUCCAGUUGUCUGAAGGUACUCAAGCCACUGAGAAUGUUGAUCUAGAGAUGUGGGAGCCACAAAGUAACGAUAGGGCGGAGAGGCGCAGUGUGAAGUCGACUUUAGAUUCUGAAGUUGAGGAUAUAGAACAUACUCCGAUUAUCCAAUUGAGAGCACAAGUUAUUGUCAUGUGUUUAUACAUGUCGGUGUGGUCUUGUGGAGCUAUUGCAGUAUACAGGCCGUUACCUGCAUAUUUGCCGUAUCAGGAAGAUAUUUGUAGUAUUAUAUAUGCUGUAUGCGCAACAGUAUUAGGUACCUUUAUUCUGUUCUUUUACGGCAUCGCAAGAUCUGACGUCAGAGCUCAAUGGUCGAUGAUGCACUGUUAUUUACAGAAGAGUAAACAGUGCUGCAGGAAUCGAAGCGUUUUCGAUGCCAACCAGCAGAAUCUGCCGUCUAAUCAAACUGCUCAACCCCCUAUAUCGUCGAUACCUAAUGAUAAUAGAUCAAUGUCUGGCAGCCGAAGUUCAAACAGAACCAAUUCCAAAACUAACAACAGUGGUACUUACAAAGCGGCAGCUGAACUAAACGGUCAGACUUUACAGAAAGAUAGCGUCAAAAAUACAAAUGGAAAGACUCCAAACAUUAAUCUAGUUGUGUUACAUAGACAGCAAUACAGGUCUAACAAUUCCAUGAUGACGUACCCUGACACUGGAACCAUUGGACCAGAGGUCUUCUAUAACCCGAAUCAGAUGAAUGUAGCCAAGAAGUUCUUUAAGAAACAGAGACAGAAUAUGAAGAGAAAUUUUCUAGAACUGCCUACAAGAAGAGACUGCGAUAAUGACUCACACUUCUCACUUCCAUUGCCGACGAAAGAGGCAUAUAAUGGUGUGGCCAAUAUAAUAAAUUCAGGAUCAAAAGUUAAUAAUACAAACAUACAUGUUGAAAGAUCAAACAACGGUAUAAAAGAAACAAGGAACGUUUUAAAUCCUAAUCUUUUAGAAGAUGACACAAAAGAAAAUUACAAAAACUAUUCCACAGAUCGUAAAUCUUGGAAUAAAAAUGAAGUUCCAAAGAAUAGGACGCAAGUUAUGAAUAUUUACACAAAUGUUCCAGAGACUUUAGUGCCUCAACACCAAGUUAUGAAAGCCAAUGCGCCGAAAAACUUCAACGGGCAACGUUCUAGUGUGUCCGAGGAAUGCCUCCAAAGCCAUGCGAGCGAACAGCCAGAGAUGAGAACUAUAUCGCAACAAUGCAGCUUAGAAUACAGUUCUGCCUCGGAAAUCGCCAUGCCCAACACAUGUUCCGAUCAAACUCUGAACACGCAUUCUGAAAUGACAUCCUUUCAAGAGACACAUAGUGCCUUAUGUUCCACAAAUGAAAUCACAGAUACAGAAAGCUUCGGCCAAUACAUAGAUUAUAUGCAACCAAAUAAAGAAAAAGAAAAUGCAAUUGACAAGUCACUUCAAGACAUUUCUGAAGAAUGUACGAUGAACAGUGAUGACAUCAACAGAUCUAGUACUCCACAUCACAUAGAGGAUUCUGGAGAAAGGGAUAAUUUACUCCAAAACCAGGAUAUAGGCGACUGCAAAGAAAAAAUUGAUGAUGAUAAAGAUACUUUCUUUAUGGCAAAAACGACGUAUGAUUUCGAGACAUGCAGUACGAAUGCUAGCGAACAAGGCUUUGAAAACGAAAGCGAUAUAUACUGUCCAAAUUAUCAAAUGUCUGAAGUCAGCAUUCGGAGUCAUGGGCUAUACGCUCCAUCACCAUCAUCCAUGUGUCCGAACGAAAUUAGUUUCAGUAACGAGGAUGUGUCAAAUAUGGAGAGCCAGUACGUCAACUACGACCCUGGAUGGCGGAAGACAAUAAAGAGCAAUCCAAAAUUAGGCAAAUAUGUUCCAACACCGGCGUUAAGCUGUCCGGAGGUGAACAGAGACAGUAGUCCUGUCUCUUUCGCGAGUGAGAUAGACGAGUUGUAUACUCAGAUAACGAGGAGAGAGAGUGACAGGGAAAGAACGCCGAGGAAAGAGACGGGGCUAGAUGUGACGUUGAACAGUGACGUAACUUUGAAGCCUGACAGUGACAGUUGUGUGAGCGAAGCUGUGUCUGACGUGGACGUUAAAGGCGAAACUACAGUGUAG